AUGCUGUUUCGUUGGAUGUGGCAUCUGGGUGGCAUGUGGGUGGCAUGCGGGUGGCAUGUAGGCGGCAUGUGGGUGGCAUCUGGGCGGCAUAUGGGUGGCAUGUGGGCGGCAUGUUGGCGACAUGUGGACGGCAUGUGGGCGGCAUGUGGGCGGCGUGUGGGCGGCAUGGGCGGCAUGCGGGCGGCAUGUGUGGGCAGCAUACGGGUGGCACGUGGGUGGCAGGAGAAGAAGCUGCUAGUGGAGAUCAAGAAGACUACCAAGACGGGUAAUGAGGUGGGAGUGGUAACCAGACGGGACUGGUGUGAGUGUAACCAGAGACUAGUAACCAUGACAACCAGCAGCGCGCGUGUUGGCGAGCAGGGGCUAGAGAGACAGGUGGCUAAUCUACAGGCAGAGUGGCAUGCUGUUUCUUUGGAUGUGGCAUCUCGGUGGCAUGCUGGUGGCAUGUGGGCGGCAUGUGGGCGGCAUGUGGGCGGCAUGUGGGCGGCAUGUGGGUGGCAUGUGGGAGGCAUGCGGGGGGCAUGUGGGCAGCAUGUGAGCGGCAUGUGGCAGGAGAAGAAGCUGUUGGUGGAGAUCAAGAAGACAGCAAAGACUGGUAACCAUGUGGGAGUUGGUAACCAGGUGGGAGUGGUAACCAAGUGGGAGUGGUAA